CAGAAUGGCACUAUUAGUUUGUCAGAAGCUGCGUAUUAACAGAACACUGUGGAGGAUCGCGUUGACUCGACGUGCGUUUGUGGAUGAAAAAAAGCCACCUAAUCCUGAGGAUCAACUCAUACAAGGUACACAAUCUAAUACAGGCACUGAAGGCAAGGACUCCACCCAUGUAUCAUCCUCUGAUGGCAAUAAACUAUUAGAUUUCGUCAACGAUGAUAAGGACAAAGUUGUUUUAGAUGUUAAACGUGAACAUGAGCUAUCGGGUAUUCGACAAAAAUUGAUGGAAGUUAAACGUAAAACCAUUGAAAAGGUGGUCGAAAUUUCAGCAGCAAUGCCUAAAAUGUUUCAAACUGGUACACCACUUUCGCACAAGCCUGAAAUUCAAAACACACCAGUUAUAUCGCUUCGCUCUGAAAGUUCGUCUACGGUUGAAGGUGACAAAAAUAGUUGGGAGGGUCAACCAGUAGUGUCACUAACAGGAGACAAAUCGGAAGGGCCGAAGUCACAAGUACAAGGAAAGAUCGAAUCCAUGCAACUAAAUGAAGAAUCAAAAGGUGCCUUUCCAAUCCCUAAAAAAUAUCCUGAUAACAAAUUUCCUCCAACGCGAAAUAAGGAAGAGCCAGCAUGGCGCGACAAAGACGAGCUAUUAUCAGAUGAACGCAAAGUUAACACCUCAAGACAAAUUGAAGAAAAGAAAAUUAAGAAAGAUGAACCUACUGAUCAAUUUCCAAUUUCAAUUAAAAAGAAAUAUGUUUCACAUUUUCCACUCAAGGGCGAACCAAGUGAAGAAGAGGAAAAACGAAAUGAAAAGCCUUGUAACGAAAAAAAGAAAGACGAUGAUAGUGAAGAGACUUGCAAUGAAAAAAGGCAGCAAGACAAAGAAAUCCAGAAAGCUGACAAGCAAGCAUCUCCAAAACCGCCUUCCUCAACUUCUAGUGAUUUAAAACCAGCUGGUGAUUCACCACCAGCAAAGGAGUCACAAUGUCAAGGAAAGGGAUCAGCAGCUUCAGCAAAGGAGUCUAUUCCUCCAGCAAAGGGGACAGCAAAAGGAGCAGCACCUUCAGCAAAAGGAUCUCCACCGUCAGGAAAGACAACAGCACCUCCAGCAACAGGAUCUCCACCUCCAGCAAAGGUGACAGCACCUCCAGCAACUGGAUCUCCACCUCCAGCAAAGGUGACAGCACCUCCAGCAACUGGAUCUCCACCUCCAGCAAAGGGAUCACCUCCUCAAGCAAAAGGGCCAGCACCUCCAGCAACAGGAUCUCCACCUCCAGCAAAGGUGACAGCACCUCCAGCAACUGGAUCUCCACCUCCAGAAAAGGGAUUACCACCUCAAGCAAAAGGGCCAGCACCUCCAGCGACAGGAUCUCCACCUCCAGCAAAGGCGACAGCACCUCCAGCAAAGGGAUCUCCACCUCAAGCAAAAGGACCAGCACCUCCAGCAAAGGGACCACCGCCUCCACCCAAGGGUCCUCCGCCAGGCACACCACCUCCACAGACAAAGACCACUUUUGGUCCGUUAGCUGAUGCCGAUCGUAUCUUCACAAAUCUAUACGGCCGUCAUGACUGGCGCUUAAAAGGUGCAAUGCAGCGCGGCGACUGGUAUAAAACAAAAGAGAUCUUAGAAAAAGAUUCGCCAUGGAUAAUUAACGAGAUGAAGACUUCAGGUCUUCGGGGUCGCGGUGGAGCUGGCUUUCCUUCCGGCCUUAAAUGGUCCUUUAUGAAUAGGCCACCCGAUGGCAGGCCCAAAUUUCUGCUCGUUAAUGCCGAUGAAGGUGAACCGGGCACAUGCAAAGAUCGCGAGAUUUUACGCCAUGAGCCCCACAAGUUGGUAGAAGGUUGUCUAAUCGCUGGUCGCGCCAUGGGUGCUAACACCGGUUUCAUCUACGUCCGAGGUGAGUUUUACAAUGAGGCGUGCAAUCUACAGUUUGCUAUCGUGGAGGCUUACAAAGCUGGUUAUCUGGGUAAGAACGCAUGCGGUUCUGGAUUCGAUUUUGAUUUAUACAUACACCGUGGGGCCGGCGCCUACGUCUGCGGUGAAGAAACUUCGCUUAUUGAAUCAUUGGAGGGUAAAGCUGGAAAGCCACGAAACAAGCCCCCAUUUCCCGCAGAUGUGGGUGCCUUCGGAUGUCCCUCUACUGUAACUAAUGUGGAGACCGUUGCCGUAUCACCGACUAUCUGUCGCCGCGGCGGCAAAUGGUUUGCUAGCUUCGGCCGUACCCGCAACUCUGGGAUGAAGCUAUUUAAUAUUUCGGGUCAUGUGAAGAAUCCCUGCACUGUCGAAGAAGAACUAUCAAUGCCUACACGUGAGAUAAUUGAGCGUCAUGCUGGUGGCGUUCUUGGCGGGUGGGACAACCUGUUGGCAAUAAUUCCAGGUGGUUCAUCCACGCCCUGCAUACCCAAAGAGGACGCGGCCAAGGCCAUACACGAUUAUGACGGCCUAAUGGCUGUACGCUCCUCGCUCGGCACAGGCGCCAUUAUUGUAAUGAACAAGGAAACGGAUAUCAUAAAGGCGAUUGCCCGAUUGGCAGCAUUUUACAAGCAUGAGAGCUGCGGGCAGUGCACGCCCUGCCGUGAAGGUCUGCACUGGGUCAACCUGAUUAUGCAACGCUUCGUCACAGGUGAUGCACAAAUACACGAGAUUGAUAUGCUCUGGGAGAUAACAAAGCAAAUCGAAGGACAUACCAUAUGCGCCCUUGGAGAUGGUGCCUCUUGGCCGCCUCAAGGACUUAUACGACACUUUCGUCCGCUGAUAGAGGAACGCAUAACGCAACGCCAGGCCGCCGCGGCCUGUAACAAGUAAGCAGCACUGUUUAAGAUCGCUAUUUUGUUGUUGUAUGAAAUAAAACUAUAUGUAAAUGGUGCAAAGAA